CGCUCGGGUCUAACCGGGCCGCCGGGCCCACCUGGCCAGUGUUCCUGUAACGUCUCCCAGGUGGCGGCUCUGCUGUCCACCUACGAGUCAGUGCGCGGACCCGAGGGGCCGCCGGGACGCGACGGCGCGCCCGGCAUGGCCGGCACCUCGGGUAUGCCCGGUCCCCGCGGAGAGAGAGGACCGGAGGGCCCCAUCGGCCUGAAGGGAGAGCGGGGAGACGCCGGACCCAGAGGAGCUGAGGGUCUUCAGGGGCUCAAAGGCGAGCCGGGUAUGGACGGUGUACCGGGGUCUCCGGGUCUGCCAGGACCCCCUGGACCCCCCGGACUGGGCAUCGGCAGCAUGACGGCGGGCUUCGACGCGGAUGACGAGGAGAUGUUUGGUUACGGCGGCAGCGGCAGUGGAGCCGGCUUUGGCAGGAUCGGAGCCCCAGGACCCCCCGGUCCGGCUGGCCUGGACGGCAUGCCGGGGGCGCCGGGCCUGAUGGGCCUUCCGGGAGUCAAAGGAGACCGCGGAGCCACCGGAGCCACCGGGGAAAAGGGAGACAGGGGCCACGACGGCAGUCAGGGCCCUCCUGGCUUCAAAGGCGAGCCUGGUGAACCGGGUCGCGACGGCCGGCCGGGGGAGCCCGGCCCCAGCGGGUCACAGGGCGAAAGAGGUCCCGCCGGCCCGCCCGGCCCGCCGGGCCCGGCCGUGCCCCACGCGGCCGAGUGGGGCUGGGGGGAUGAGGACGAUGUCAGUGGCUCCGGCUCCGGCCACCGGCCACUGCCAGGCCUGGCCAGUGUGGGUCCACCGGGCGCGCCGGGACCAGCCGGACCGCAGGGUCCGCCCGGACCGCCCGGUCCGCCCGGUCAGGGUCUGCCUGGUCCGGCCGGUAUCGACGGCACGCCGGGUCUGCCCGGACCGGAGGGUCCGCCGGGACCACAGGGACCGCCCGGUCCUCCCGGCUCCGGGGAGGGCGGCGCGGGCAUCAAGGGUGAGAAGGGAGACCGUGGCAGGCCCGGCCGGCCCGGCCGACCCGGUCCCAUCGGAGAGCUCGGCAUGCCCGGAUGGCCGGGUCGCCGAGGAGAGAAGGGCGUUGGUCUGCCGGGGCCCAAGGGAGAGCCGGGCGACUGCGGCUGUCUGGAUGGCGGCGGCGGUGGCGGUGGAACGCGGGUGAUCCCCCUGCCGGGACCCGCCGGUCCUCCCGGGCCCAAGGGUGAGCCGGGGUCUCCGGGCCUGUCCAUUGAAGGUCGACCGGGCCCCGCUGGCGAGAGCGGGCCGCCUGGCUUCGGACGACAGGGGCCCCCCGGUCGGCCCGGUAUCGGAGUGCCAGGUCCGCCCGGCCCGCCGGGGCCGCCAGGCAAGCCGGCUCCUGUCGACAGCAUCGGCGGACGGGAGCAGUAUUCUUCUUCGCCGUCGGGGCCCCAGAUUGUGCCCGGGGCAGUGACGUUCCCCGACACAGCAGCCAUGCUGAGGAGGUCGGAGGUCAGUCCGGUGGGCACUCUGGCGUUCAUCAUGGACGAGGAAGCCCUGCUGGUGCGCGUCUCCUCCGGGUGGCAGUACGUCUCGCUGGGCUCUGUGGUGGCGUUCCAGCCGACGGAGGCGCCCACCACCACCACCCAGUCGCCGGCCUACAACCACAACUUCCAGUCGGACAACCAGGUGGCCAGCGACGGGCCCAGCUUGCGGCUGGCUGCACUCAACGAGCCCUACCACGGCGACAAGAUGGGACUGCGCGGCUUCGACUACGAGUGCUACCGGCAGGCGCGGCGGGCCAACUACCGCGGCACGUUCCGCGCGCUGCUCUCGUCGCGGACGCAGAACCUGGACAGCAUCGUGGGCCCCGAUUACCGAGCCCUGCCGGUGGUCAACACCAACGGUGACUUGCUCUUCACGAGCUGGAAGGGCAUUUUCAGCGGUGACGGCGGCAUGUUCGCACACAACAAGCCGAACAUCUUCAGCUUCGACGGAAAGAACGUUCUACGCGACAAUACCUGGCCGCAGAAGAUCGUGUGGCACGGCGCCACGCAGUACGGCGAGCGCAACAUGGACGCCUACUGCGACGCCUGGCACUCGUCCUCGUCCAGCAAAGAGGGUAUGGCCAGCAGCCUGCUCAAGGCGCGCCUGCUGCAGCAGGACAAGUACGCCUGCAACAACCGCUUCGUCGUGCUCUGCGUCGAGGUGGCCACCAGCCGGCGGCGCUCGCGGCGCAGCGUCGACGACACCAGCGAGCUUCUGACCGAGGAGCAGUACGCCGAGAUGCUGCUCGAGUUUGAUGCCAACGCGCACCUGUAGACGGUGGCCCUGGCUCUGUCUGCUGGCCGGGAGAUGACGCCCUCCGAGUGAGCGCAGUCAGGCGGGCGAUAGGUGACUGGUGACGUGGUAUUAGUGAUGUGACGUCAUAUGGAAAACAUUGCGUCAGGAAGUAGCCCAUGAUACGCACCGUGCAGAAGUCCCAACGCAGGUGCGUGACAUGUUUCAGUUUUCCUUUCUUGUAAUCUCAAGACUGUUGUAAUCUCAAGAUACGGUUUGUUCUGACCUUUCCAUCAUGAUUCUCCUUUCCCUUACUCUUUGUCUGCACGUCAACUGCAUCUUUCUCCCCCUUCGCCUCCCUUUUAACCUCCUCUUUUCUCGUUCCGUUCUCUUUUCUUUCCCUCUUCCUGUUCAGUCUUUGUGAUUUUGCGGUCCUUCGCGGGCCCCGUGGUCAUAGAACGGUGCGAACGGGUCGGAGGAAGUCAGCGAUCGUCCCGAUGGCAAUAACUCGGGACGCAGCGCACACUCGGACGUCUGCUUGAGGAUCUUCUGUUUGGCUGGCGCUGUGUGUUUGCUGCCACUGCGCGUGGCCGUGGGUGAGCCGGACCGAGAGUUAGGCCAGGCCGGAGGGCCCGGCGGCCACCCGCGUUUUGUUCGGCAGGGCGUGUGUAUGAUCACUGCCAGCGCUUGUCAAGGUUGGUUUCUUUUCUGGGUGGGGUCGACAGGCCGCAUUCCAUGAAUACGUAACACGUGAUAUGGCUCUCCGUGCGCGUCAGUUUGCUUUGCAGUGAAACGCUCCGUUUAGAACGGUGUGGUCUUUUGUUUACAUUUGUGAUAAUUUAUAACGCUUUUAGACUCCUUGAAUAUGUUUUUACCAUUUCAUUAGCUAUUGCAAGCCCGAGCUUUGUGGGAGUGGUUUUAUUUGAUAAGAUUCACCAUUAUUAGCGUUGUCCGUCAUUGCGGUUUGCUGCAGUCAUGAUACGGUAUGCUUGUGCCAAACUUAAUUCGCUAGUCGUUUAAAGCGAUUUUAGACAUAAAAAACACAAAGUGCACCCGGAACUUUGCCUAAUGUAUUCGCUUGUUAUGUGGCAGCUAGCAGCCCACAGAAAUUUGAAUAAUCGCAUUAAAAGCAUCGGUAAGUCGCACCAGAUGGAGGCGGAAACAGGCGCAGUGAUGCGGUCGUAUGGACGUUCUUCCAUUCUGCGCCGGGUGUAUUAGAGUUACGCUUGUACUUGUUUGUGCGUAUGUGUGCGUGUGUUCUUUCCACAUAAUUGCGUAGAAUGUUCAGCUUCGCUUCGCGUUUUGUGAAAAUAAAAUUAGCUAAAUGUGUGAUGUA